UUCAAUAACACUGGUCUAUAUUCAUUCAAUGAUAUGAUUUGUAAGGGUAUUGAAUUAAAUAUUUCAAACAUUCGACAUCUCAAAACAUGAAUUACUUUUCUAACAAGCGAUGGCCGCAGAAACUUACAAGGAUUUUUCUGGCAGUGCGUCCUUGGUCGUUUUCGGCGUCGAUGACGAGCACUUUUCUUGGAUUCUGUCUCGCGUGGAAAGAAACCGGAAGAAUUGACGCUGUUCAGAUGUUAUUUACUACAUUUACUAUCGUAUUUAUCCACAGCGCUGGAAAUUUAGUCAACACGUAUUACGACUUCGCUAACGGUGUCGAUACAGAAGAUUCUGACGAUCAAACCUUGGUGAAGAAAGAACUUUCUCCGAGUGAAAUGGCCGCUUGUAUCGCCGAGUUGUAUUUCUUGGGCAUGGUGUCUUUUAUAGCGGUUUAUCUCCGCGCGGAUGUAAACAGUUUUCCUCUGGUUGCCUUGUUUUUUAGCGGCGUGUUGAGUUCAUUUAUCUACACCGGAGGAAUCGGUUUAAAAUACAUUGCAUUUGGAGAUGUUUUGAUUUUAUUGACGUUUGGCGUUCUGACCACAGUAUUUGCCUUCUUUACUCAGACGGGUGAAAUUUCCAUGAAAGUCAUUGGUUAUGCUUUACCUCUGGCGCUAAACACAGAAGCCAUUUUACAUGGGUAAGUGCCGUAGUUUUUAUACAAAUAAAUGUUUAUAUACUACAUUCGAUAAGAUUAUAUCUGUACAUGACUCU